AGUUUGCUGACCUCCACUCAAUACCGGCCCGCAGUGGUUCUUGUAGCUUGGUCUCGGAGCCCGAUUUUAGCGUAUGGAGAUCGGAAUGCGCUGAUCAUCGCAGCAGCCAAAGGCUUCGCCUAUGAUCGUUGCUUUCUAAAAUUUCUACUUCUAAUCUUUCCAACCUCCCCUCCCUCUCGCAGACGAAACGCCUGCUUCUAUCGGAGGCCAGCGAACAAUGGCUAACGAUAAUCCCAUGGACCCCGUCACGCCGCCUUUGGUGGCAGAUGAAUCUGCUGCCAAAGCAGAUGUUGAAACUCCCGCUGAGAGCUCGAAGCGCAACUCCAGCGAUAACAGCGACGAGCAGCAGCUAACUGUCGAGCCACUCCAUCUAGACGAGGCCGACACAAACGUCCGCUCGAGACUACGCGUUUUGGCCAUUGUCGGCGCACUUUAUCUGGUCCUCUUCGUUGCCGCUCUCGAUCAAACCAUCAUCGCCACAUCCAUCCCGACAGUCACCGCCGACCUGCACUCCGCUGCAGGCUACACAUGGAUCGGUGGCGCCUACUUGCUGGCCAAUGCUGCUGCAGGGCCCAUCUGGACCAAGGGCAGCGACAUCUGGGGUCGUAAGCCUGCCCUCUUGGGCUCAGUCCUGAUAUUUGCCGUCGCAAGCAUCAUCGCCGCCGUGAGCGCAAACAUCCAGACGUUGAUUUCUGCGCGAGCACUGCAAGGCGUGGCUGCCGGUGGCCUAUUCCAAUUGGUCGCUGUCACCAUCUCAGAUCUCUUCAGUCUGCGGAAGAGAGCGCUAUAUUUCGGCUGGAUGGGUGGUGUGUGGGCUCUCGCUGGAUCCGCCGGCCCUUUGAUUGGAGGUGCAUUCUCCGAGCUUGUUAGUUGGCGGUGGUGCUUCUGGGUCAAUCUCCCCGUCUGUGGACUCUCCUUUGCGCUAUUGUUGCUUUUCCUCAACGUGCACAAUCCACGCACCGGGCUUCGUGAAGGCCUUGUGGCCGUUGACUGGUUCGGAACGGUCUCCAUCUUGGGAGUCUCCGUUCUUCUUCUCCUUGGCCUCAACUUCGGCGGAGCGACAUUUCCCUGGAACAGUGCCCAAGUUAUCUGCUUGAUUGUAUUUGGAGUGCUGAUGAUCGGCUUCUUUCUCUUCAGCGAGAAACGUCUGGCCAAAUAUCCCCUGAUGCCACUCACUGUCUUCAAGACGUUGUCCAGCAACGCAACCAUUAUCGUGGCUAUGGGACAUAGUAUGGUCAACAUCGGCAUAGAGUAUUACCUCCCGCUUUUCUUUCAGAGUGUGAGGCAGGCCUCGCCGCUCCACAGUGGUCUUCUAUUACUUCCCAUAACGAUCACGGCAGCUGCAGCGGACGUUGUGGCCGGCAUCUUAAUCCAUCGGACAGGUCGUUACAGGGAAAUCAUCUGGUUUGGAGUCACGCUUAUGACGCUAGCGACAGGUCUGUACAUUGAUUUUUGGACUGACACCCCCCUCGCCAGAAUCAUCGGAAUUCAAAUUGUCGGCGGCACGGGUACUGCACUUCUGUUCCAAACACCUCUUCUCGCCAUCCACAACUCUGUCAGCCAGUCCGAGGUCGCGUCAGCUACAGCGUCUUUGGCAUUUAUCCGCAGUCUGGCGACAUCUGUGUCCGUUGUCGUCGGCGGUGCGGUCUUUCAGAACAGCAUGACGACUCGUCACUCCAGUCUUGUUGCCGCGGGUCUUAGCGACUCUGUCCUUGAUGCCUUGGCCGGCGAUCAAGCAGCGGCAAAUGUGGGGAUCGUCGCGACUAUAUCAGACGCCACACAACGUCGAGCCGUGCAAGACGCAUUCGCGUGGAGUGUCAGAAAUAUAUUUAUCCUGUACACAUGUGUAGCAGGUAUUACAGUGGUGGCGAGCAUUUUCAUUAAGCAGAAGCACAUGAGCACAGAGCACACAGAGACCAAGACUGGAAUAGAAAAUUUGGCAAAGAGAGAGAACGAUAAUAGCUCAUGAUGCACCGUCUCACAUUGAGCUGCUACUAGAGAUGUUUAGCAGCAAGGCAUCGACCGGCAUCCAUUAUGCCAGGGGUUCCAGGUGGAACUUGGAUCUUUGUCUGCUAGUCCCACAAAGCUGACAGGGCUUCAAACUUGUACAUACAUAGACAUGAAAAGAUAUUUUGCUGCAAAAGCACAUGAUUGCACACGCAAAAGAUUUUAUGCUGUUGAGAUCAAUCUUUCUGUUGUCAGAGCUGGUUGCAAAGAAACAACCGCAAAAUGGAGGACUUUGUACUAAACAAUAAGAACUUUAGAGCCGC